CGCUAUGAGGAAGGCUGGUGUUGCCCAUAAUAAAUCCAGCAAAGAUAUGGAGAGUCAUGUGUUUAUGAAGGCCAAAACAAGGGAGGAAUAUCUUUCUCUUGUGGCCAGACUCAUUAUCCAUUUUCGAGAUAUUCACAACAAGAAGUCUCAAGCCUCAGUCAGUGAUCCGAUGAAUGCCCUGCAGAAUCUAACUGGGGGUCCCCCAGCAGGGGCGCCUGGAAUGGGCAUGGCUUCCCGAGCUCAGGGAACACCCAUGAGUGGGAUGAGUAGCCUUGGCCCAAUGGGACAGCAGAUGAGUCUCCCAGGGCAGCAGCAGCCUCCUGGAACCUCGGGAAUGGCCCCUCAUGGUAUGCCUGGUGUCUCUACAGCUACUCAGCAGACCCAACUUCAGCUUCAGCAGAUAGCUCAGCAGCAACAGCAGCAGCAGCAACAAUUCCAGCAGCAGCAGGUGGCUUUGCAGCAGCAGCAAUUCCAGGCCCAGCAGUCAGCCAUGCAACAACAGUUUCAGGUCCAGCAGCAGCAGGCAGCAGCAGCUGCAGCAGCCCAACAGCAGCAGCAGCAACAACAGCAGUUGCAAGCCGUCCAGCAGCAGCAACAGCACAUGCUGAAACUGCAGAUGCAGCAACAGCAGCAAAACCAGCAGCAGCAACAACUACAGCGAAUUGCCCAAAUGCAGCAGCUGCAGGCAGCACAGGCUAUGCAGGCACAACAGCAGCAGCAACAGCAGCAGCAACAACAGCAGCAAAUACCGCAACAACAGAUACAGCAGCAGCCGCCACCUCAACAAGUAAUGCAACAGCAGAUGCAACAGAUGCAGCAGCAACAACAGCAGCAACAGCAGCAGCAGCAACAACAGCAGGUUGCUCAGGCACAACAGUCUCAGCUUCCACCACAAUCCCAGCCUCAACCCCAACCUAUGGUAUCUCAGCCACAGGCAAUCUCAGGACAAAUUCCUAGUCAGGUUAUGCCUGUUACUCUUACGCCACAGCAAAUAAAAGUAAUGCAGGUAAGAGCUCAGCUGGUCCAGCAGCAGCAGGCAGCAGCAGCAGUGCAAGCAGCUCAGGCCCAAGCUGCUCAGAUGGGAGCUUCAGGGCAGAUGAUCACCGCACCUAUGGCCCGAGGUGGGAUGCAAAUAAGACCACGGUUCCCGCCUACCACCGCUGUGUCUGCUACACCGCCAAGCUCCAUUCCUUUGGGCGGACAGCAAAUGCCACAGGUCAGCCAGAACAAUAUUACCAUGAUGUCAUCCCCAUCUCCUGUCCAGCAAGCUCAAACACCCCAAUCAAUGCCUCCACCACCACAGCCACAGCCAUCUCCUCAGCCAGGCCAGCCAACUUCUCAGCCAAAUUCAAAUGUCAGCUCUGGCCCAGCUCCAUCACCCAGCAGCUUUCUCCCCAGUCCAUCUCCACAACCAUCCCAGAGCCCUGCAGCUGCACGAACACCUCAGAACUUUAGUGUCCCAUCCCCAGGUCCUUUAAACACUCCAGGAAAUCCAAAUUCUGUCAUGAGUCCAGCCAGUUCUAGCCAGUCAGAGGAGCAACAGUAUCUGGAGAAACUCAAACAGUUAUCGAAAUACAUUGAGCCGCUCCGGAGGAUGAUCAAUAAAAUAGAUAAAAAUGAAGAUAGGAAGAAGGACCUGAGUAAAAUGAAGAGUCUCUUAGAUAUCCUGACUGACCCUUCAAAACGGUGCCCUCUGAAGACACUGCAGAAAUGUGAAAUUGCUCUGGAGAAGCUGAAAAAUGAUAUGGCUGUGCCUACUCCACCGCCUCCCCCAGUGCCCCCCACCAAACAGCAGUACUUGUGUCAGCCACUUUUGGAUGCUGUUUUGGCCAACAUACGUUCACCAGUCUUCAACCAUUCCCUUUACCGUACAUUUAUGCCAGCUAUGACUGCAAUUCAUGGACCACCAAUCACGGCCCCAGUUGCUUCCCCUCGAAAACGGAAAUAUGAAGAGGAUGAAAGACAGACCAUACCAAAUGUCUUACAAGGGGAAGUCGCAAGAUUAAAUCCUAAAUUCCUGGUGAACCUGGACCCUUCCCACUGCAGUAAUAAUGGCACAGUUCAUCUCAUAUGCAAGCUAGAUGACAAGAAUCUUCCGAAUGUCCCACCACUACAGCUCAGCGUUCCAGCAGACUAUCCAGAUCAGAGCCCUCUGUGGAUAAAAAACCCUAGGCAGUAUGCAGCCAAUCCCUUUUUGCAGUCAGUGUAUCGGUACAUGACUUCAAAACUAUUGCAACUUCCAGACAAGCAUUCAGUCACGGCACUCUUAAACACCUGGGCACAAAGUAUUCGUCAGGCCUGCCUCUCUGCUGCGUAACAUCUCACUUUCUAAAUUGUGACACGAGAAAGAAGGUCUCAACAGCUGGCCUCUUCCACAUGCCACUGGAAAAU